GCGGGCGGGCUGGAUUCGAGGCCGGGGGAGGCGCGGCAGCGCUGGCCGGCCAGCCUGGGCCUGGGCGCCUGGGAGCUGUUGUGCGCGGAGUUGUACUUGGUAAGGUGCCCACCCGCCCACGAGUUGCCGGCCCCCCGCACACGUGCUUACUGAUCCAUCUCCAGGGCCACGGCCAUGUCGAGCCGGGGUGGGAAGAAGAAGUCCACCAAAACCUCCCGGUCUGCCAAGGCGGGAGUCAUCUUCCCUGUGGGCCGGAUGCUGCGGUACAUCAAGAAAGGCCACCCCAAGUACAGGAUUGGAGUUGGGGCGCCCGUGUACAUGGCCGCUGUCCUGGAGUACCUGACAGCGGAGAUUCUGGAGCUGGCUGGCAACGCAGCAAGAGACAACAAGAAGGGCCGGGUCACGCCCCGGCACAUCCUGCUGGCCGUGGCCAAUGACGAAGAGCUGAAUCAGCUGCUAAAAGGAGUCACCAUAGCCAGCGGAGGGGUGUUACCAAACAUCCAUCCAGAGUUGCUAGCGAAGAAACGAGGAUCCAAAGGGAAGUUGGAAGCCAUCAUCACGCCACCCCCAGCCAAAAAGGCCAAAUCUCCGUCCCAGAAGAAGCCCGUGUCUAAGAAAGCAGGGGGCAAGAAAGGGGCCCGGAAAUCCAAGAAGAAGCAGGGAGAAGUCAGCAAGGCAGCCAGUGCCGACAGCACGACUGAGGGCACGCCUGGCGAUGGUUUCACCGUGCUCUCCACCAAGAGCCUCUUCCUCGGCCAGAAGCCACCCCAGUGAUGCAGCUUUGCCAGGACGCCAUGGUUUUGUAACAGAUGAUUCACUUUUGUUGAAAAUAAAAAUGAUGCAAAGGCUUUUAAGACCAGAGAAUGAGAGUUAAUUAGUAUUUCUCUGUUAACACCAAAAAAUGGGGUGGAGAGAGAGGGAAUUUUCUGAAUUUUUUUUUUACCCUACAUUAAAAAAAAAAAACUAAAGGCAUGAAUUUGACCUUCCAUAUAAGUUGAGCUUAGUUUGAAUGGUUAACCACUUGGUUCUGAAGCUGCAUCAUUUUUAAAACUUCACUGUCAGUUUUCUUUUGCAUCUCAGUGACACAGUCCUCCUGCUCACCUCAUCGCAAGUGCUCCUUCCCCCCUCCCUCUUCCUGUCACUAAUUGCAAUCAGGCUCUCAUGAUGCAAUUCCUGUGGUGGAUUCUGUGUUCCAGCAAAUAACCAUUACAGUAUACAUUUUAUAACCAUUAUCUGUAUUUUGUAUGCAUUUUUCAAAGGAAAAAAAAUAAGCAGCACUAGUUGUCAUCUUAAGGUCUGGGGCUUCAAAAGUUUUUGUUUAAAAUAUUUUUUGUUUAUUUAUAAAAUUUCAGCUCAGCAGUGAAGGCAACCACUGGGUCUCUUUUCACACCCUUUAACAUGUCCUUUGGGUAAUAUGUGGAAAGUUAAUGUGACCUGUCAUCCAGAUUGCUUUGGUUUGAACUAAAGUGUGAAAAACCCCUGUGCAAAUAGCAGUGUGACUUUGGGGCUAGUUUCAAUGUGCUUCAGGUCCCUAGUGCUGACCAUCAGCCGAGACUUGGAAGCCUGUUCAGCAGGUAGAACAUUUCAGCCUCUGGGGCCACUCUCCCUCGCUCCUCCCCCUGCCUCUCCCUUGGGUGCCCUGACCCUGGCCUCUCCCUUCCCUGUGUUCUUCUUGCUCUCUCCUGCCAGUUACCCCAAAACCAGCUUCCAGUCAGAACUCCUCACACCCCUUUGCUGGAUGAACUCAAAUAUUUGCAGAAUAGCAAUACUCAGCCAUGCAAAUGUCCAUAUAUAAACGGAGAUGCCCUUCUUGCCCUUCUUGAUCUUGGGAUCAGGGCUGCAUCUAGAUCUGCUGCACAUGGGCCCUGGAAGGGAGGCAACAAAGGCUGCAAACACAUUUCUAGCCCCUCUGCACACCAAGCAGCACCAUCCUCCUCCUCCAUUUGGGGACAUCUAGUCUCAGGCCUCAGGACCAGGCACCUCAGGCAGGAAAGUACCAGAAAGUACAAAUCUAGCUAAUCCUGUACCCGACAGAGUUCGGGAAGAGGAGUCCAAAAAGCUGUAGAGAAGCACUGAUACUCUAUAAUAGUUUACAGGCAUGUUAUCUAAUAUUAUUUAGGAAACAGAGGAACAUGGAAGAAGUAGGCUUAACAGGGAAACUAAUGUGCCUGCUAGAUAUCUUGACUUUUGAAAGGAGAAUCUGAUUGCUUGGAGCCCAGUAUAAAACAGUCAACUAUGAGAGAAGGAACUGUGUGCAGAACCAGAAAGAACACCUGCUUUCUUUCCUUUAUCACACAGUCAAAUGUGAUAGGUGGGACAGAACCCCAAAAUACCCUGAGACUGCCUUUGCAGUAAAUAUACUUCCCAAGACGCACACAUCCAGGAUGAGCUACCCCCACUUCCAGCUUUGCAGACUGCCUUUAGCAGAGUAAACUGGGUCUCCCCAAAUGUGGUGUCACAGAAUAAAGUGGCAACUCAAGUCACCCUAGGCACCCUAUUAGGAACUCGUGUCCUAGCAGCCCUUUUGGGAACCCUGUGCCCCUUCAGCAUGAGAUGGAGUGUGUUCAUAGUUGGGAGCAUUAUUUUGAAGCAGUACUUUCUGGCCCUUUAUUCGUUUUUACUGUCGGGUGAAAGUCAUGGCAUAUAGUGCAAAGGGGGCAAAAGUGGUAAAACUGACAUAGGAAUUUUUACACAAAGCACAUUUUAAAAUGUCAUUAUUACAGACAUUAAUUUUGAAUUGGAUCUUAGGAAAUGUUUCAAAAAGCAUACUUGACAGUGAUGACUGUAUACUACCCUGUGUCUGUAAAUCUUAUUUUCCACCCGUGACAAUGAAACCAAUGCUAGAAUAGUGCAAGCAAGCUGAGGUCAGAAAAAGUGAUACUCUGCUUGCUACAGCCGUGUAAGGCUGGUUGCUAAGCCCCUGGCAGGAGAAGCCAGCCCAGGGCUUUGGAGCCUGGGGUCUAAGUGUUGUUGAUGAUGUAUUUCACAUACUGACAUCUCAGGAGUAAUCACCCUCAUUACUCUCUGAUUUUACCCAGUGUUCACACACAUUGUUGAAUUGUUUUCAAAAGGAGAACAGUGAUGUGAAUCUGAACUGACUAAAUGUUUUUCCUUUGUGGUUCAGUGGAGAUUCCCAGCUUCUUUUCAGAGACUUAAAAAGUUUUAUGUCCAGAGUACUUCCAGUGUGCAUUUCUAUAAAUCUGUGUCAGUGGUAGUGGAUGACGUAGGCUUCCCUGGAAGAAUCAGUGUUAUUAGAAGCAGUUUGGAAGGCAGUGUAAAGAGGGUGUGAGUGAGUCUCUGUGCCUCCCCAACUAUCAGGAUUGCAGCCGCAGGCCCACAGGCCGCGAGAGACAGGGGUAGGUAUCAUGGGUUUUCUCCCUCAGAUCCAGAUGCCCUUGUCCCAGGGGCUGGGAACAGGAAGGAGAGAGGGAGCGCUGGAAGCGGUAGUCAGGAGGAAAGGGCUGCUACCCGCUUCCACCCUGUGGCUGAUGAUUGGCUUCUGAGCCAGCUGAGGGUGCUCACGAAGCCAUGCUCCUGGGUCUCCAGCAGUGCCCACGCGUGUCCUUAUCUUUGUGUGGCACAUUCUAGCCCGAAACCCACCAGAUGCCAUCGCCAGGCCUGAGGUCUCUGGGGGAAUUUAGGCCAGGGAUGCGUGCAGGCUGGGCAGAAAAGGAGCCCCUUCAUCCCAGAGGCCAGGGCAGGAGUGGGCCCUGGAUCAGGCCCCAGGGAGCACAUGGUUCUCCAUGGGGACACAGAAUCAGUUUUAUGGAGAACCUCACCUUUCCAUCCUCCUUAGCAGAAGUGGACUGUGGGGACAGGAAAAGACUUGCAUUUUCUGUGGCAAGCACAGGGAAAGAAGACCGGCCAGUCUCCUUCCUUGUCCAUGGUGGGGGGAGUAAGAGAUAACCACAUUUUGACAGUGACAGGAUGACUCAACAUGUCAGUCAGAUCAUCUUUAAUGAUCACUUUUAUUUCCUAAAAUUGAAUUUCUGAUUAUAAAUUUAAAAAAAAUAGGAUUCUUCUAUUUCCUGUGCCAAAUAGGUCAUAUCAAGGCAGCCUGGAUGUCCAUCCAGUAGCUCCAAGCCAUCAGCUCCUUCCUUAUCAUGGGCAAGCUGCCUCCUGACCUGCCCUCACUUGUGGUGCCGCCCUCCCUUCCAGGAUGGCCAUGUUGGCUCUGAACCACCUCAGGUCCCAGCUAGGCCAAGGGCCUGGCUCCUGAGCUCUAGCCUUAGCAGUUAGCCCUGUUUUCAGGGAAGGGGUUUGUUGACUUCAUCCCAGAGAUAUGUCUGGAUGUUUGACAUUCAAUUCCAGGUCUAUUUGUGGGCUCACAGGAACCAAACCCUGUCUUAGGGACUGUAUGGCCCUCAUGCAGGAGGCAACCCACUCUCUGUCUCCAAGGAGCUUUGUACCCUAAUGAGUUCCAUCAGGAGUGGACAACAAGGGUUAAGUGGCAUAAUCACUCGAGGGAAGACGGGGUGGUGUAGACAUCAGAGGCUGGCUGCUGCAGAGCCCGCUAAGAUGAGCAUCACCAGGUCCCAGUGGUGGAAGAGCUCUUGAAGGACACGGCCCAGUCCCUUUCUCCCAACUCUACAGCCAAGUGGGGCCCCCUCUCUGCUCUGCCACUUGUAAUACUCUGAGGUCACUCUCUCCAGUGGCCGGCAGUCUUCACAGAUAUUUUAAAUUCCCCAUGCUAUGGUUUAAAACUUAGUUUCCCAUGUUUCCCAAUGUUAAGAUAAGGAAGUAGUCACCUUAUUCAAAUUCUGAAAUCAUUAAUGACCUGCCUCCAUUCCAGAAGAUCAGACUAAACUUGGCAAUUUUCAUAGUUCCCCAGAAACCUGCUUUUCCAGCCCACAAAUACCCCUGUGCUUCAGACAGCCAUGUGCCCCUUUGGCUGAGAGGCCCAGGUGGAUUUGACCCUGGGUGGGCUUGGAGGGGGCCUGGGACCUCCUAGGACUGGCAUCUAUCCCGGCCCUACCAGGCCUGUGUGUCCUCUGCACAGCGAGAUCCUUUUCAGGCAUGUGUGUACAUGGCCUGUGUCCAUCUUUCUGUCCAGGGGCAUCUGUCUUUGUGUAUGAUCAUUUCACUGUUGGCUGCUGCCCACUGGUCCAGCCUGCCCAAGUCAAGAUAUAGCCCAUUUGUCUUUCCAAAGUGCCUGAAGCAAUUUGUCCUCUCCUCUCCCCAUUCUUCUCCCAAACACACAAACACACCUCCAUCCCCGGCCCCUCCACUAAGCACAUGCUUUAUAGUCCUCUAUAUUUGUACAUAUUUAACAACAAGACUGUUUUGUGGCUCAUCCCCUCAUCCUGAGGACUUCCGCUGAGCCUGGCACACAGCAGAGUGUAGUUGGAAAGUCAAGACUCAGAUGUGGGUGAGAAUGAACCAGCACUUGGUUAGCUAGGGCUUCUCAGUGCUGGUAGCAGUGGCUCCCCGAGAUGCAGUAGUGUAUGCUUCCAAGAGCAGGGCUGCCUCUGGUAAGAGGGAAGGUGAUGAGCCCAGAGUGCACUGGGGAAUCUCCGAGGAUCUUGAGUUCUCUUUGCAACCACUCUCUCGCUUCAGCAAGGCUGUGAAGUCCCACAGUGUCCCCAGAAAGCCCAUUCCCCUAGAGAAGAGGAGUUCUCCCCAGGCAGAGUCUCAGUCUGCUGGGGUCUCCCCAGCCCAAGUUGAAUCUGCAUGGAAAUAGCUGGGUUUCCACUGAGGCAUUUCUGCAUACAAAUCCAGAAGCAUCUAUACAACUGGAAAAAAAA